CUAUGUCUGACAACGAACCCCAACGACGAAAAUCUAAACGAACAAGGCGCCAACUGGUGUCCUACAAAGAUUUCAUCAUUAACUGGUGACAUCCCCCAUAUAUCCACCUCCUCUGAGUCAGAGUCCGAAGAUUUGGACGGUUGUACUACAAUGCCCUCUGGAUACUCACCCUCCCAUGAAGACAACACCCACCGGCGGAGCCGCAAACGGUGCCCUGGUCGCGGCUUCAAAACAACAGGCAUGCACAUGCCUGAAGUGGCUCGUUGGCAUGAAUAUGUCAUUGAUAAGGUACCUGUUGAAGUGCCUUUCCUUGCCCAUCUGUCAACAAUUGCCGAACUGAACACCUUUAAUAAGGCAUUAUCAGGGAAACAACAUCGCCAACGGAUCAUGACCCACUUGGCAUCCCUAGCUACCGAUGACGUGCCAGCUUACGUUAACAGGGUUUUCCGGAUCCUACUAACAGACAGCAUCAUAGAGGAGCUCUCUUUUAAGGGCCAGUGGAAGGGGAAGAAAGUAUUUCGCGAAACGGAGGCGUAUACCGUGAUCUUGCGUAAGGGUUACUACUUUAUUCCGACUUUUCUUCUAUCAGAGGCUCAUAAAGUUGCAAAUGAAUCCCGGCCAAUAGAUCGCCGCUGUGUUUAG